AUGGCACACUUUAUUCCGGCCAAGAAGUCCCACUCAGCCGCCGACACUGUAGAGCUCCUCGCUGACCGCCUCAUCCGCUACCACGGUUUUCCCGAAGUCCUCAUUUCCGACAGGGAUCCUCGUUUCCAAUCGGAAGUGUGGUCACAAUUGUGCUCACGUUUCAAUAUUACCCGGGCGAUGUCUUCUUCCUACCACCCGCAAACGGACGGCCAGACUGAACGAGUUAACCGCACCCUAGAACAGAUGCUCCGCACGUACAUCCAGGCUGACGAGAGGGAGUGGGAAGGCCUGCUGCCAGCUUUGGAGCUAGCGUAUAACACCACCAGUCAUUCCUCUACUGAGCUUUCCCCUUUCGAAAUCAUGAUUGGGGAGAUUCCCCUAACCGCGGCGGUCCUAGACAUUGUUGGUGCUUUGGCCCCUACGCUCACUCCCCCUAUGACGAAGCUCUUCCGGCAGCUCUGCGAUCGCGCACGAAGUCACAUUCUCCAGGCAAAGUGGCGUCAGAAAUACUACGCUGACGCCCGCCGCAGGGCUGUGGAAUAUAAGGAUGUCCCGCCUUACUUCGGGCUUGGCGACGCCGCCAGCGCAGACGCCCUCCAUCCUGACGGCGAGAUGCUUCUUCUUCUUCUUCUCUUCCCGCUGCUCUCGUCCUCCCUAUUUACACGUUCGCCGCCCGUUCUCGUCCGGGAAGGGGGGGAGCGGGCGCAGGAGCACCCUACAACCCGAGACUCUACCAGCUGCUCUCGUUCUCGGAAUAGUCGACACCAGCUUCAGGCUGGACGUCGGCGGGACAUCCCGAGGAGGUCGUGUUGCGGGAUGAUCGGAGAGUAG